CCCACAAAAAUUUUCCCAGUAAAAAGAGCCAAGAAGGCGUGAUCGAAGCAUACGAUCGAUGGAUCCCCCAGCUUCUCCUGCAACUCCUACAGGCAUUGAUCCUCUUAUUUUCCUGAUAGUAUUCGGUUUUUGUACGUUGUUUUUUUGCUGCCUCCUUUGGGAUUGCUACAGGUGCUUAUCCUCCACACUGGCUGCUGCAUCCUCCGAUCCUUUUGAGGCAGAGCCAGUGCUGGCGCCGGUGCGAGUGCCGGCAAGAAGCAAGAGCGUUCCAAUCGAGCAAGUUAUGCCAAGUUUUGUGAUACAAAUUGGCAGCAAUGAGCAUGAAGUAGCGUCGAAAUCUGGCGGCGGCGGCGGCGAGGGCGAGGGCGAGUGUUGUGCGAUUUGCUUGGAAGAAUUCAAGGAUGGGGAAUUGUGCCGGAUGUUCCCCAAGUGCAACCACGAGUUUCAUGGGCCGUGCGUGAAUGAUUGGCUGUUGCGCCAAAAUCUCACUUGCCCACUUUGCCGUAAUUCCCUUGAAGAUUUAGUAUUGGCUAUUAAUGUUUGAAACACAUAUAUAUAGAUUGAUACAAUUUUUUUCUUUUAACUUCAAUCUUGAGUUACCGACGGGACGGAAGUUCGCA